AUGGACGAAUGCGACAUGCUUGAGUGCUGUAUGUGCGGUGCACUAUGUGGUGCUUGUUGUGCCUCUGGUGCAGACUCCAGCGACCGUAAUCGUCGCUACUCGAACUCAUAUCGCAACGGACAGCCCGUGUACGUCCAGCCCGUCAUGGUGGAACAUCAGCCUGGCUAUGGUCCGCCUCCUUGUAACGCGGGGUACGGUCCACCUCCACAGGGUUACGGUCCACCUCCAGGUGAGUAUCAGCCGUACCCGCCUCAGCCGUACCCGCCUCAGCAGCAAUAUCCUCCUCAGCAGCAAUAUCCACCCAAGUACUAG